AUGUUACCCGUUUCACGACCAGAGGGCCACAUGAACCUCAAUUAUAUUCCAACUACCCAACCGAUGUCGGGAACUAGCACGGGGCGCAGCUCUCCUAGCGACCUAUCGGGUUCUGCUGGUAUGAAGCCGCCGUUCGGAUCAUCAACCGGCCUGAACGGUGCUGCAGGCUCCAUUGGAAGUGCGAGGCUAGGGGCUGGAUCCCCAUCCCAUGAACUCGGUGCACGUUUAUACUCGAAACGCGCACGUGAAAUUCAAGCAGAGGAAGGUGUUUCUCCUAGUAUCUGGGGUCCCCCGACCAGUGGCCAUUCAACCCCCCUGCGCGAGAACAUCCCCGAGUCCCCAAGCCAAGAAGGAUUUCCCGACUUAGUGCCCACCUCAAGCGGCUCGAUGAAUAGCAGUGCUCGAAGAGCUAGAGCUGGGACCGUUCCCUCGAGGUUCUCACCCGUCGGUGCGCUGAACGAAGCGAACCUUCAACAACCUUACAUAGCCCAGACCUCAAGGCCUACGCCUUCGACCAGCCCUUUCCGUCCAACUGGGGUUACUGGCAUUGACACAGGCGCAAAGACUGCAACUACCGCAGGCGGAAAUAGCGCAGGCUCCCUCUCGCGUCUCCGAGCUGGCUCUAUGCCGCAGCGAGCAAAUUUCCUCGGAACUUCCGGUCCAUUCGGGCCGUCUCUGUUUUCGACUAGCUGGGCAACAGGCCGCGACCGGGCUACGACACUCACAAGCAUUCGAUCCUCUGAGGGCCCGGCUUCGCCAAGUCAUUCGUCCUUCUCUCGAGACGGUCUCGCCGAUACUGAUGUCAAAACCUUGGACUAUCUGGGCCUUGCCGAAACCCCGCAACAACCGCGAGCAACACUUGUGCGGCCGUCAGUUGAUAUGCUUCUCCAACAGCAGCAGCAGCAACAGCAGCAGUCUUCCCUUCCUCCGCUACUUGCGGAACUGGCAAUGAUGAAGAACAACAGCAGAAUUCGUUCCUACUCUGUGAAUGCCAAGGAAAAAUAUGCGGAUGACGAGGACCUGGAAUACGAGAGCCGAUAUGCACAAAUCCCGUCAGGCACCGUCACGCCUUCCGCCGCCGCGACGGCUGCUCAGCUGGCUGCAACCCAGGCUCAGAUACACCAGCACAACUUGGCUGUGCAGGCCUUUGCCAAUCACGCAUCUGCCAGCCGUCCUCGUGCCCGAACAGCUGGAAUUCUGGAAGCGCCGCCUCAGCGUUCGUCUAUUCGCAACUACCUGGCUACACCAUCGCGUCUGGAAAACAGCUUCAGUGCGGCUGAUCUCAACAUCGCAGAAAGCGGAGAAUACGAUGAACUGUCCGAAGCCGUGCAAUUGAUGCAUCUGGGUGGCAAUAAUGCUUCCAAUCUCGGCAUGCGGCCUCCGGCGGAAAUGGCUGAUGAGAACAACCAGGAUGGGCCGACUCGCGCACUAUGGAUUGGAAGCAUCCCUGUUUCAACCACGGUCACGUCCCUCGAAGCGAUCUUCAGCAUUUACGGCAAAAUUGAGUCCACCCGUGUGCUAACUCACAAGAAUUGCGGUUUCGUCAACUUCGAGCGCAUUGAAAGUGCUAUCCAGGCCAAGUCGUUGCUUAACGGCAAGGAGAUCUUCCCUGGUGCUGGGCCUGUUCGUAUUGGAUAUGCUAAGGUUCCUGGGAGCUCUGCAAGUGGCACUCCAGGUGUCAAUGGAUCUCAGUCCUCGCCCACCCCGGAUCCGAAUGCAGGCGUAAAUGGGCCCGACGGUCUGGCCAGAUCCGAGGGCGGGCUCAUCGUCCCUCAAAUCCCAGCUCUUUCGGAGCUCCAACCAGAGAUGGCUCAGAUCGUUCAGGAGUUUGGUGCUGCUGAAGAGGAUGCUUUGAACAUCUCUGCUAGUGUUCAACGCGCCAUUUCGUUUGAUGCGUUCGAGGACGAGAUCCCAUCGAUUGCUGAACCUAGCCAGACAAGAAUGUUUGAUGCCCCUCGCCUCCGCGAUAUCCGCAAGAGGAUCGACAAUGGUGCCUGUUCUGUACAGGAAAUCGAAGAGACAGCAGUUGCGAUGCUUCCAGAGAUUGCCGAAUUGGCGUCGGACUAUCUGGGCAACACCGUGGUUCAAAAGCUUUUCGAGUUCUGUUCCGAAUCAACCAAGGAACAGAUGCUGGCGCCGAUUGCUCCCCACCUCGCUGAAAUUGGUAUUCAUAAGAACGGAACAUGGGCCGCCCAGAAAAUCAUUGAUGUCGCUAAGACACCAAAUCAGAUGGGGUUGAUCGUUGAUGCUCUCCGGCCAUACACUGUACCUCUGUUCCUUGAUCAGUAUGGAAACUACGUACUGCAGUGCUGUCUACGCUUCGGUGCCCCGUUCAACGACUUCAUCUUCGAGACUAUGCUCAGUCGGAUGUGGGAGAUUGCCCAGGGCCGAUUCGGUGCUCGGGCCAUGCGGGCUUGUCUUGAGAGUCACCAUGCCACAAAGGACCAGCAGCGCAUGCUCGCUGCGGCCAUCGCUCUUCACAGUGUGCAACUUGCAACGAAUGCCAACGGUGCCCUUCUGCUCACUUGGUUCCUCGAUACUUGCACGUUCCCACACCGCCGCACUGUGCUUGCACCGAGGCUGGUUCCUCAUCUCGUUCAUCUCUGCACCCAUAAGGUCGCUUAUCUUACCGUCUUGAAGGUCAUCAAUCAGCGAAAUGAACCUGAGGCCCGUGAGAUCGUGCUGAAGGCUCUGUUCUUCAGUCCGGGUGACGAGGUGUUGGAAAGAAUUCUGAGUGACCAGACUUCGGGAGCGACCCUGAUUUUCAAGGUUCUUACUACACCUUUCUUUGACGAGUCAAUGCGCGCCGAGGUUGUCAAGAAUGUUUCCAAGGUUCUUAUCAAACUUAAGGCAACCCCCAGUCAAGGAUAUAAACGCCUGAUGGAUGAAGUCGGUCUAUCUUCGCGUGGAAAUGCCCGGGACAAUCACCAUGGACGUGAUCACGGACCUAAUGCGGACAAGCAACAACACCGUCCAACUACUCGCCAGGCAGCCUCGAACUACGCUCCGCAGGAGAGGCAAUAUAGCGCGCCAUUCCCUACUAUGCUUAACCAGAACAUGGACGCUUCCAGACCUAUGCCGUCGGAACAGCAACCCGGUGCCGCAGCAUACGACCCUUACAGCAUCAAUGGAAUGAACAGCCUUGGUUCUGCCGGUGGUAUCAACCCUCUUGGCGGGAUAGGAGGGGUUAACGCAUCCGGAUUUGGCCAAGACCCUAUGACGCCUUUGGCCCAGCAACAGCUACAGUAUCAAGCCUAUCUGGCGGCGCAAAGCCGUGGCCUUUCGCCGUCCGGGCUGUAUCCAAGUCUCGGGAACUCCAACUUUGGGUUUGCGGCUGGCGCCCCUUCAGCAGACAACCUCCGGUCCUUUCAGACUCAGGCUGCUUCCUUGGCCGGGCCUCCCACCCAGCAAAUUAACCCAGGCUCGAUGUUGAAUCAGGCGGCUUUCGCUCCUCAGCAAUUCAGCCCCGUCAUGAGCACUUCUCAAAUGUAUCAGUACCCUUCACAGUUCUAUGCCCAAGCACAGCCAGCCCAGGCGCAGUCUGCCGGGGGCCGGCGUGGACGUCCAAGCCACCCCCAGCACAUGUGA